UGACCGGCCAGAUGACAGUCAUUUUCACUCGGAGUUUAGAAGCGUAAACAUCAGCGGCUACUACAUGAACUACACCAGCAGAUAUCCUGAAAACUGGUUUUCAUGACAUGUCCGGUUGUAUUUAAAGCAGUGACGCCAUGAUGAAUGGAGAAACAAAUAUCCGUGUGCACUCAGACGGUGUAAAAUUGGACGAUGCAGUGAAAGGAGGAGUUGGAGUCGGGGUCAAAGGAAUCACAAGUCCUGCUAUUACCCAGGGAGAAGGAGAUAAGCUUCUUGCAGCAACAGUUCAUCUGGACCACCUUAGUAAAGAGGAUGCACUACAACUGAUCGGUAUCAUCAAGUCAUACGACAAGAACCUUGAACUUAAGACAUCAAAAGAUCUGAAAGCAGGAGUGUCCCUUGGUGACCUUCGAUUGAACAGUGAUGCAGGACUUGAAGCACCCGGUGUUAAGGUUAACGGGUUAAAUGGACAAAUAAAUGCCCCAAGUCUUAAGGGUGGCAUCUCAACCCCAAAUAUCAGAGGAGCAGGUCUGGAUGGCAUGUUAGGAACACAGGAUGUCAGCCUUUCUACACCUAGACUACACACUCCUGGUGUCUCUGUUAACGUGGAUAACCCUGAACUGAAGACCAAAACACCCAAGUUCCAAAUGCCCGACUUCGACCAACAGGCUAUGAAACCAAAGAUUGGUGGUGAUGUGAAUUUAACAGCCCCAAAGGUAAAUGCUGACCUAAAAAAACCCGAUCUGAGUCCAUCAGGACCCAAGAUUAAUGGAGAAUUUAACACCCCUGGAGUAGAUGUGACCUUGCCAAAAACUGAGCUCACCGGUCCAAAUAUGGACAUCGACACGCCAAAAGUUAAUACCUCUGGCAAGAUGAAAUUUCCCAAAUUUAAGAAAAAAACUGCUAAAGUAAAAGUACCGGAGGCAAGUAUUGAUGCAAAUCUAAACAAACCAAAUCUAGAACUUUCUGCCCCAAAGUUAAAUGCAGGUGUCAAUCUGCCAAGGGCAGAUCUUGAAGCACCAGAUGUAGACAUCAAAACUCCAGAUAUCAACAUAGGAGCUCCCAAGGGCAAAGCUAAAUUUAAAACCUUAAAGAAGCCCACAUUUGGGCAUAAGGUUAAAGCACCAGAGGCUGGCUUAGAUGUCAGUGCCUCAAAACCUGAUUUGAAUCUGUCAGCACCAAACAUAGAUGGAGAUAUCAGCAUCCCAAACACACGUGUCAAUUUGCCCAAGGCUGAUGUGGAUGUAAAAGCACCUAAUGUAGAUAUUCAUACUUCGUCUACAAAGCCCAAGUUCCCAACUCUCAAAAUGCCAAAGAUAAACUUGCAUAAAUCAAAGGUGAAAACACCUGACUUAAAUGCAGACUUGAACAUGUCAUCUCCAGAGGUAGAAAUGAACCUGCCAAAAGCUAAACUGGAUGCACCAAAUCUAGAUGUCAAAGCUCCAAAUCUCAACUUGUCUGCACCAAAUCUAGACAUUCAAACUCCAGGAGCUCAUGUGCAAGCACCAGAUAUUGACAUUGAAGCUCCAUCUGCAAAGGUAAAGAAGCCCCAUGUUAAAAUGCCCAAAUGGAGUCUUUCUGGACCAAAAAUGAAAGGAAAAGCUGAUUUAGAUGUACCGGAUCUAGAUGUCAAAGCCCCAGACCUAAAUCUCACUACACCAAAUCUCGAUGUCAAAGCUCCAGACCUCAACCUCUCUGCACCCAAUCUAGACAUUGAAACUCCAGGAGCUCAUGUGCAGGCGCCAGAUAUUGACAUUGAAGCUCCAUCUGCAAAGAUAAAGAAGCCCCAUGUUAAAAUGCCUAAACUGAAUCUUUCUGGGCCAAAAAUAAAAGGAAACGCUGAUUUGGAUGCACCAGAUCUAGAUGUCAAAGCCCCAGACCUAAACCUCACUGCACCAAAUCUAAAUGUUCAAACUCCAGGAGCGCAUGUGGAGGUACCAGAUAUUGACAUUGAAGCUCCAUCUGCGAAAUUAAAGAAACCUACUGUUAAUAUGCCUAAAAUAAAUCUAUCUGGGCCAAAAAUUAAAGGAAAACCUGAUUUGGAUGUACCGAAUCUAGAUGUCAAAUCUCCAGACCUCAACCUCUCUGCACCGAAUUUAGACAUUCAAACUCCAGGAGCGCAUGUGCAGGCACCAGAUAUUGACAUUGAAGCUCCAUCUGCAAAGAUAAAGAAGCCCCAUGUUAAACUGCCUAAAUUUAAUCUUUCUGGGCCAAAAAUAAAAGGAAAUGCUGAUUUGGAUGCACCAGAUCUAGAUGUAAAAGCACCAGACCUCAACCUCUCUGCACCAAAUCUAGAUGUUCAAACACCAGGAGCGCAUGUGGAGGUGCCAGAUAUUGACAUUGAAGCUCCAUCUGCAAAAGUAAAGAAGCCCCAUUUUAAUCUGCCUAAAAUGAAUCUAUCUGGGCCAAAAAUUAAAGGAAAACCUGAUCUGGAUGCACCGAAUUUAGAUGUCAAUGCUCCUGACCUCAACCUCUCAGCACCAAAUCUAGACAUUAAAACCCCAGGUGUGGAUGUGCAGGCACCAGAUAUUGACAUUGAAGCUCCAUCUGCAAAGAUAAAGAAGCCCCAUGUUAAACUGCCUAAAUUUAAUCUUUCUGGGCCAAAAAUAAAAGGAAACGCUGAUUUGGAUGCACCAGAUCUAGAUGUAAAAACACCAGACCUCAACCUCUCUGCACCAAAUCUAGAUGUUCAAACACCAGGAGCGCAUGUGGAGGUACCAGAUAUUGACAUUGAAGCUCCAUCUGCAAAAGUAAAGAAGCCCCAUUUUAAUCUGCCUAAAAUUAAUCUGCCUGGGCCAAAAAUUAAAGGAAAACCUGAUCUGGAUGCACCGAAUUUAGAUGUCAAUGCUCCUGAACUCAACCUCUCUGCACCAAAUCUAGACAUUAAAACCCCAGGUGUGGAUGUGCAGGCACCAGAUAUUGACAUUGAAACUCCAUCUGCAAUGGUAUACAAGCCCCAUGUUAAUCUGCCUAAAAUAAAUCUAUCUGGGCCAAAAGUGAAAGGAAAACCUGAUUUGGAUGCACCUACUCUAGAUGUCAAUGCUCCAGACCUCAACCUCUCUGCACCAGGUGUUGAUGUGCAGGCACCGGAAAUUGACAUUGAAGCCCCAUCUGCAAAGAUAAAGAAACCCUUCAUUAAUCUACCUAAAGUAAAUUUAAAAGGGGCAAAAAUGAAAGGUCCAGAUAUAGACCUCAAUACACAGGCAGACCUCCAAGGACCAGACAUAGACCUGAAAGCUCCAAAUCUCAAUCUUUCAGCACCCAAAGUGAACCUGCCAGAUGCCAAUAUAAAAAGUCCAAAUGUAGACCUCGAAACCCCAGGCAUUGACUUAAAUGUUCCUGAAGUAGAUAUUGAUGCCCCCUCUGGGAAAGUCAAGAUACCGCACUAUAAGAUGCCGAAAUUUGGUCUUUCUGGGCCUCGUGUUAAAACAGAAAAAGUAGAAGUACCUGAUGUAGAUUUGAACAUCCCCAAAGCAGAACUGAAAGGACUUAAUGCAGGUGUUAAAUCACCUGAUCUUAGUCUUUCCACACCUAAAAUUAAAGGGGACAUUUCUGCUCCUUCUUUAAACGUUGGUUUGCCAGACGCUGAUUUAAAAGCUCCAACUGCAAACAUUGGGGGAAGUCUAGAGUCACCAAAUCUCAAUAUAUCCAAACCAAAUGUAGACCUAAAUUUACCCAAAGCAGAGUUUCAAGGACCUGAUGCUAACCUUAAAGUCCCAGAUGUUGAUAUCAAUGCCCCUUCUGCAAAACCUAAGAUGCCACAUUUCAAACUGCCAAAAUUGAAUCUGUCUGCGCAAAAGAUGAAAGGGCCCGAGCUGGAUGCUAAUACAGAUCUAAGUCUUUCCGCUCCCAAACUUGAAGGAGAAUUAAAAACACCUGCUGUUGACCUAAAUCUUCCAAAAGCUGAUGUAAAUGCAACUUUACCAAAAGCUGAGGUCAGUGUUCCCAAUGUAGAUAUCAAGUCCCCUGACUUGGAGUCGCCGUCUGUAAAGCUAAAACAGCUUAAAAUUAAGAAACCAAAAGCCGACCUUUCGGUUCCAAAAGUGCAGACUUCAGGUAUUGACAUAAAUGCAGAAGCUCCUGAUCUUAACCUCUCUGCUCCAAAAAUUGGUACUCCUGAUGCUGACUUGAGCCUGCCCAAUGCUGGGGUUGAUGUAGAUGUUCCCACACUAGAUGCUGACGUCAAGGUUCCCAAAGGAAAACUAAAAUUCCCAACAAUGAGGAAAUUGAACUUUUCUGGCCCCAAAGUUAAAUCUCCUGAUGUUGACAUUGCUGCUGAUGUAAGCAGGCCAGACCUGAACCUAUCUCCUCCUGGUGUGGAUGUGAAUCUUCCCAAUACUGGGGUUGAUGUAGAUGUCCCAAGCAUUAAUGCUGAAGUCGAGGGCUCCAAAAGCAAGAAGAAAUGGCCUUUCAACUGGCGAAGAUCUGUUGAAUCAAAGGAUGGGAAUGUAAAGAUUAAAGCACCAGAAGUAGAUGGCAACACAGAAAUAAAACUCCCCAAAAAUAUCCCCUUGUUCAAGACUCACAGCUUACCUGCAAGCAACAUUGACAGCAUCUUGCAAGAACGCAUUGGAGCAGCUGACGUCACUAUUGACCCUGCUAAAACAAUAACUGAUGCAGUUGUCUCAGUCUCGUCAGUCAAGACAAAUCUGAAAGCUUCAUCUCCAUCUGUUGGGGUCAAUGGACAGAGAGGCAGUGUAGAUGUCCUGGAGAGGUUGAGAUUGUCUAAUGCACGUACGAUUAGCCAAGAUUGCGGCAUAUCUUCAGAACCAGGCAGCCCUCCAAAAGCGAAUAGAGGAACAUUUAAAGUCACCAACCCUGAUGCUAAUAAGGAUCAUCCAGUAGUUGAUACUACUAGCAAUGACAAAGAUGCCAAACUUAGCCUAAGCUUGAACAACAUGCUUUGUCUGCAGACAGAGUAAAAUUUAAUCCAAGAGCAUUGGUAAUGCACAUCACCUCAAUAUAGUGAAGUCAUAUGUAAAAAUUACAUGUAUAAAAAUGGGUAAAGUUUUGAUUGAAAAGCAUUCUAGAAUUUGACAGAUGUAAUUAUUUUUGUAUUCAGUUCUACACAAUUAAACAGUUAAAUGUGCAAUGAAUGUAUCUUAAAAUACUGACAUAAAUAUAUAAGAAAAUCUGCUGACUCUAUAAUUCUCUGCAUUUUUAAGCGGUUAAAUAUAUAUUAUAUUGUCUUUUGUUUACACUUAUUUCCAUUCCAGUUUUAUAUGUAUUUUGAUCAGUAUUGCAAACUGGGGAAAAAAACAAACAAAUCAACUUGAGACUGUGUUCUCACUGUGUAUCACAUAUAUGUGCAGAUUUCUGCCAGUUUCACACACAAAAAACCUCAAUAAAGCUUAUAUGAACAACA